UAACACCUUUUUACUAUAUCUGUGUUUUUUGUUGUGGAUUAAGUCUUUUUUCUAUUUAGGGUUUGUGGGUUUUAGUGGUUCAUUUAACUGAUAAAACCGUGUGAAUUAAGACUUUUGCCAUCUGGAUUUUGUGUGUUUUCGGCUCGGACUUCUUUCUUUCUCCUUAUGUGCAUCUCCAGUUUUUAUUCUUGCGAUUGAAUGAAAAAAUGAGGGACAAAAACAAAGAGAUGAGUGCGGGACGAGAAACUAAGAGUUUGAAAAACACUAGCUUUGACGCUUUUUCAAAUCUAGAUUUGCACUGUUGAAUUGGAAAUUAAGGGUAACAUGCUUUAUUUGUUUUGGUGUUUUUGAUUAUGGUAUCAUACUUGGACUUGUAUGAAUUAAAUCAUUGGUAAAAUUAAUUUUCUAUUUUAAGUGAAUUUUUGGGGUGAUCUGAACCAUUGAAAUGGAGACAGUUUAGGGAUUCAUGUCAUUAUUUUUCAUCUAAUUAAUUUUCAGUGAGUUCUGCUUGUCCAUUUCUUAGUGGGUUAAUUUGUCCUAGUUUCUUGGUACCCAAUGAAUACCUUGAUCUUCUUUCUUGUAUUGUCCUUGCCGUAGAUUCUUUCAUUUCUUAAAUCUUUCUGUCAAUAGAGAUUUUGUGGUGUUUCGAUCAUUAAUCAGUGUUUGUACUAAGUACAUGAAUGUAUUGUAGCCAAGUUCGGUUUUUUCAUACAAAACUUUGUUCUCCUAAUGUUGUCUUCUUAUUUCAAAACUUUGAUGUCUUCUGUGUCUAAUGAGCAGUGGUGAAAAUUGAUUCAUAUAGCAUGGUGAGGAACACUGGUAAAAUUGUUUCACAUGCCGGCUCUGGGGCCAUAAUGGAAGGAGAAGGUCAAUGCAAGAAAUCCCUUUUUGCUUCUAUACACAAACCACACAUAGAUGAAGGCAGACCAAGAAGUAUGGUUAUUAAGAAAGCACAUAAUAUGAUUCCUGCACACAUUGUAGCUGAGGCCAUAUCAACCCUCCAUGGUGAUGGUCUAGAGCUCAGAUGGUCUGGCCCUAUUACACCAACAGAAAGGGAAUAUGUCGAACAAUACGUGUUGGCAAAGUACCCACAAUAUGCUGCCCUUGUUGAAGGAGAACAGUUUGAUCUCUCCAGUAUUUGCGUCAUCGAAGAAUCUCCCGAGGCCAUGCCCGAUGACAAGAGGAAGUCACCAAGGGGUAGCUUGAAGUCACCGAGGGAGUCCUGGACACAAUUCGCCGGAAGCAACCUUCCCGACUUGGACAGGACUCAGUUGGAGCCAUCAAGGUUGCUUGAUAUCCUCACCACGAAAUGCUCCUUCCCAGGAAGUUUCAUCUCAAUCCCCGAGAUACAAGCUCGAAACAAGGUCUUGAAGCACUGCGGAUUGACCGAUGACGAUUACCUUGUUCUCUUCACCCCAACCUACAGGGACGCCAUGGUAUUGGUGGCGGAGAGCUACCCGUUCUAUCGCGGAAACCACUACAUGACCAUUAUCGGCGAACAAGACUGCAUUAAGGAUUUUGCUGGUUACAAGGAAGCCAAAGUGAUUUUGGCACCAGAGACUUGGUUAGAUUUGAGGAUCAAAGGUUCACAACUAAGCCAGUAUUUCAGGAAGAAAAGCAAACACAAGCUCAAAGGGUUGUUCUCCUAUCCAGCUUACGUAAACGAGGUUCAUCACUCGCUACAUUGGGUUUCGGAAGCACACCGGAACUCAUGGCAUGUUCUUCUUGAUGCAACUGCACUGGUAAUCGGAAAGGAUCACUUGAAUCUCAUGCUUCACCGGCCUGACCUUGUUCUGUGCACGAUCGACAACUCUCACGGCCAGACUUCGAAGAUCACUUGCCUUUUGGUCAGGAAGAAAUCCUUUGAUACUACAGUGGCUCCAUCUCAGGUCAAUGAGUGAGGGCUGUUUGUAUGCUUUACGUACGAUAUGUUUAAAGGCUUUAAGCCAAACUAGUAAGCAGUAACAAUUUUUUUCAGCUGUGAAAAGGGGAAUACGAACACGAGCGGAUAUAAUCACUUAACUAAAAUUUCAAUUAACAAGUACAAUAAAACUCACGACUGUUGUGAGUUUGUUCUGAA